ACAUAUUAUUAUUAUUAUUAUUAAACAUCUGACUCUCUACUGUGAGGUGAUGGCUGACGCACCGCUGUGAGGAGAGAGAGUUAUAGAUAAUGAUGAAGAAGGAUAUUAAUAGCUUGAGUCUUGAAGCGGACCUGAAACCGCAUCUCCGGGGGGACGCAGAGAGCCUCCUCAGCCACCCGGACCUGGGGCUGCUCAAACUGGCCUCUCCGGAGCUGGAGAGGCUCAUCAUCCAGUCCAACGGCAUGGUCACCACCACGCCGACCAGUCCGGCCCAGUUCCUCUACCCGAAGACGGUGACGGUGACGGACGAGCAGGAGUUCGCGGAGGGCUUCGUGAAGGCUCUGGAGGAUCUGCACAAGCAGAACCAGCUGAGUGGAGCCGGGAACACCAACCUGGACCUGGGAGCCAACAUCCAGACCUCCACCGUGGUGCAGCAGCCGGAUCUACCGGUGUAUACAAACCUGAACAGCUACGGUAGUGGACCACUGGAGACUACUGUCAACUACUCCACGGACACGGUCCCGUUUCCUCCUCCUCCUCCUCCUCAGCAUCAUCUGGAGUCAGCUCCUCCGCAGCAUCAGCACCACAGACCAGACCUGUCUCUGUCUCUGUCUCGGGUCCAGCCGCCGCUGAAAGAGGAGCCCCAGACGGUCCCGGACGUGCAGAGCUUCGGAGACAGUCCUCCGCUGUCCCCCAUCGACAUUGACUGUCAGGAGUCAAUGAAAGCCGAGAGGAAGAGGCUCAGGAACCGGAUCGCAGCAUCCAAGUGUCGGAUGCGCAAACUGGAGCGCAUCUCCAGGCUGGAGGACAAGGUCAAGUCUCUGAAGAGCCACAACACGGACCUGGCGUCCACGGCCAGUCUGCUGCGGGACCAGGUGGCUCAGCUGAAACAGAAAGUCCUCACUCAUGUCAGCAGUGGAUGCCAGCUGCUGCCACACGAAGUCCAAGUACACUAGACAGACUUGGGCUACUGACCAGACCAGCACAUAAGCUUCAUGGACUUUGUUAGUGUUGGUUCUUCUUCUGUAUGUAGCCCAGAUGUGUGCAGAUGUCAUCCAGAUGUGUGCAGAUGUCAUCCAGUGGAAUGGCACAUAAGCUUCAUGGACUUUGUUAAUGUUGGUUCUUCUGUAUGUAGCCCAGAUGUGUGCAGAUGUCAUCCAGUGGAAUGUGCCAAUAAGCCUCAUAGGCCAGACUGUACAUUAAUAAUCGCCUUUUUAAAUAAUUUUGAUUGGCAAAAUGUAAAAAAAAAUACUUGUUGAAACAAAAUUCAACAGAAUGGUUGAUGAGACUC